AUGGUUGCUGGGUCUUUUCUUUAUAGUUGUUUAUUUUUUUCUGUUUUUGCAUAUCAGUUAGGAAAAAAACCACUUAUAACUCAUGGUGCUACUGAGACUUCUGGAUAUGAAAACCAGCCUGUGUCAUUGCAGUGUAGGGUCAAUAGUGCUGUGCCGGCUGCCAUUGAUUGGUAUUUAAAUGGCUCAAAAGUUCCUGAAACGUCUGCAUUCCGAACAGAGUCAGCAAAGCUACCUGAUGGACUUUUAAUUAGCGUUUUGGUUAUUCGCAUUUCGAGCAGCACUGUCGGUUUAUAUUACUGCAAUGCGACUAAUGAAUUUGGCUGGUCAGUCUCUUCACCGGCAAACGUUUAUGUUGCCUUCAUGGGAGAUGAAUUCGCUGUAGAGCCUCAAUCAAAAGCUGCUAGCGUAGGUGAAACUGUUGUCUUCGCGUGCCAGCCACCUAGUGGAUCGCCCAAACCAACCAUCACAUGGUUUAAAGAUGACAAAGAAGUCGAGCUCUCUGAUCGCAUUCACCUCAUGGAUGAAACAAACCUACGAAUUGAACAGAUCACGUGGGCUGAUGCUGGGAGUUACUCCUGUGUUGCUAAAUCACUUGCAUUUGAGAAAUGCAGCAGGAAAGCUUUCCUCCGUGUUCAUCAGCGUCCGUUUUUCUUGGUUGCCCCAGAAAGUCAAUCGGUUUCAAUUAAUGGUGCCGUCGAGUUUGUUUGCCGGGUUUCUGGUGACCCUUUUCCAACUCUUACUUGGCGCCGUGAUCCACCCAUUCUUACCGUCCCAACUUCUCGGUCUGUUCUCUUGCCUGACGGUUCUCUUAAACUCACUAAUAUUCAAUUGGAAGAUAGUGGUGACUACGUCUGUCAAGCCAGUAGUGAUGGCGGCAUUGUUGAGGCUGUCGCACAUCUUACUGUUACCAGCCCUCCUGGGUUUGUAAAGACGCCGCCGGGGAAUGCUGUUUUUCUUGAGGGCACUCGAGCGCAACUAAUGUGUUUGGCUACUGGUUCACCGGUUCCAGAAAUUCGCUGGAUAAAUCAUAAGACGUCUGAAUAUUAUCUACUUGGUGUAACUUCACCAUCUGAUAGAAUACUAGUGGAUGAAGCAGGAUCGCUUAUGAUAAAGACCACUCGCUUAUCCGACUCAGGGAUGUAUGAGUGUCGCGCCUCCUCUUUGGCUGGAUUCACACGAACCGUUAUCCAUUUAUUUGUUCAACCCAAUCCUCAUCUUUUUCCUGGACGAGUAGGAGUUGUUUCAAAAUCCCCAGUACAAGUCAAUAAUUUCAGGUCGAAGGAUGAAUUGAAGCUUUUCUGUUCUUCGCCAAAUCUGGCAGAGUUUUAUGAGUACAUGAAAUAUGGAGCAUGGAACACAAGUGAAGUCGAUAAUUUUAGUGCGCAUACUACGUUUAAGGUUUUUUGGUAUAAAGAAAAACUGGAGAUUGCUUUAUCUGCAUCUUGGAAAGAUCGCUUUCGUCUGGAGCCGGACAACUCGCUCGUGAUUGACCCUAGUUUUAAGAACGGUAUUGGAAACUAUUCCUGCAUGAUCCUUGGGCUGAUAAACAAACGAAUCGCCUUUUGGCACAUCCAACUUGCUGUUGGUCCAAUACCUGAACAUAAUGACAGGCUUUUGUCACCACCAGUUCCCCCCUCACCACCUUCAAAUGUUGUUGUUCAAGAUGUUGGCGAUACCUGGGUUUUCUUGUCUUGGGAUUACAAUCAUGGAAGUGAACUCGAAUCCGGAGUGAAGUUCCACGUUUUCUACUUACUGCAAUUUCAUAAUUCUAGCUACAUUUCUAAUCGCCGCGUUAAAACCUUCAGUUCAAUUCAUAUUUCCCAAGAUAUCACAUAUCCCAAUUAUGAGGACUCGGUUGAACCUGAAGCCAUCGAUGAUGAUCAAUAUCCCCUGGAUCUGUGGGAAAGUGCUGCUGAAUCAACUCGAGAAAGAAGUUUUCGACUUAAAGGUCUGCUUCCUGACAGUGGGUAUUGGAUCGAGGUCAGAUCAUUUACUUCCCACAUGUGGAGCCAAGGGGCCUUAGUUAAUCGUGUUGUUUAUACAACUCGGAUGGCUCCCACGAGUCAGCUGUCGGAGUCACAUCCCUUAGAACCUCGUAAGAUAGGGGAGAACUAUGACAAACUUUCUGCUCGCGUGAAUUCACUUAGGUUCCUUGGUGUCAGUGUUCGCAGUUUGAGUUCUUCGGAGAUGUUCAUCAACUGGACGGUGCGUACAAACAGUGGCGCUAUGCGGCUAAUUGAUGGAUUUCAAAUUAUUGCUAAACCCGUUUUCAUGUCUCGAUGUUCCGCUCGCGCAAUUUCCGUUGUUAGAGAUCGGUUGAAUCCGGCCUUGUUUGGAAUGGGCGAGUACGCUCGGUUGGGCUAUGAAAACAUCGUUUACAAUUCUCCUGAGUGGAAUCACUGCAGUUUCAACAGUGAACAGUUAAUUGAAAGGUUUAGGCAGGCUUCUGCGAAUGCUGGCAUGGUUUUGGAGCAGAUAAAGGUCUCUGAGAAGUUUUUGAUUGUUCCUCGAACUAUCACAAGGGAGUCGCCAAGUACUGGAGCGGUGCUAGGUGGUCUACAUCCAUUUACCUGUUAUGAGGUUAGCGUUAAGGCAUUCAAGGACGAUUACACUUAUGGUCGCAUUUGGAGCCGUGAGACCCCAGCUGAGCUUGCUCUCAGUUUAGACGCUGCACCCAGCAAGGCGCCUCAGAUCAUCUCUGCUAAUUGGCUAAAUGGAGCCACUUCUCAUUAUACAGUCCCAACUCCAACCGCCUUUGGAAAUUUUUCCUAUUAUUCUAAUGGUUAUGCUGCCGCAUCUAACGGAAUUCGUGUAACUUGGUCGCCAUUGGGAUUGCACUUAGCCCAUGGAACUUUGACUGGAUACUCAAUUCAUCUGAUCGCCAAUGAUUCUAGCUACACUCAGUCCCAAAAGGUUUCACCGGAUGUGAACACUCAUGACCUCAUUGGCCUCAAUCCAAAUAUCGAGUACACGAUAUUUUUGGCUGGAAUAACUUGUCGUGGUGAAGGUGUUCGUGGUCCAGGCUAUCGAAUGCCUGUUUUUGGGAAGAUAAUUCAUUCAUCCUCUCCUUCCAAGUUUCAAACCAGUGCUUCGUUUUUCCCUUCUUGGGCCUACGGCGCUGUUUCUGGUGUGGCUAUUGCCUGGCUUCUAGUCGGUUUUCUUCUCGUCUUUUGCUUACGUCGUCGAAAAUCACAGCAAACCUCUCCCCACUACUGUUGUUUUGGCAAAUUUACUUCUACAAAUCUUAGCAAACAGGACCAUGUCCCUUUCCAAAUGUCCACAAGAAACAAAAACAACGCUUUCUUUGCCCCCAAUGCCUCUCCAGAGACCAAAGUGGGACAUUUAAUUCCUCCGAUAACCGAAACACAAGAUUACCAAGCAGGUGACCAUCAGGCUGUCAGCUUGCUUCACGUCAAGUCAUCCAAAAGCGGGGGUACCGAGGUGCAACGACUCUUGAAAAGUGUCGAAGGAGCAGGUGAACCAAUCGUACAAACAACCUCCUCCUCUUCAAGCACACCGAUAAACGCGAUGAGCAGUCAGGGUUGUCACAAGGGACGUUGUCUCCCUCUUACCUCCAGUGUACCCUUCCCAACCAAUGCAGCUAUGUUUCAGCCCACCACACCUGCAACGCACAACUUGAUAAAUGGGAAUUCUAGUUUUUCGUCACAACCUCCGAACGGACAAGUAAUUGGCUAUGCUAUCCAAUGGAGUGACUCGCAGGCGCCAAGUAGUGAGGGGGCAGGGGGUGCCGGACCUCCUGAAGUACCGCCUUACGCCAGUAGCAAUGUUCUUCCGCUAGAGCUGGACCAGUCGUCAUGGAAACCUAGCAGUGAGGUACCAGCUGCCGGAGUUUUCCAAACGACCUGGUCCAACUAUCCGCCUCGGUCGCAGCAGCAGCAGCAAACAUCCCCACUUAGUGGAAAUGCUGUGCCCCCCAUACCACCUCCUCCCCCCUAUCCUCCGCCUCCACUGCCGGUUUCUAACCCAGUCUCUGGUCAGUGCCUGCCAGUUCCGGUCCCAUUGCACGCCGAUGGACCUCAGGAACAGUUUCGACACCUCUCAGACGACGGAAGUUUACCUAGUGGUGGAAGUAUGUGA